CUGUGGCAAUAUGCUCUGCGUGAAGCUAUCUAAAUAAAAAAAAAACCAAACGAAAUGGAAAAUGUGGUUCCAUUUUUCUGAUAUUGUUUGACCGACUUCAUUAAAAUUUAUCUAUAAAAAUUUUAAACUUAAUACUUGUUCAACGUUAACAUACAAAAUUGACUAAACCUCUUCUAAAAAUCUAAUUAUUUUGUAAAAAUCUCAAUCAUGUCCGCGAAGCGGCAAGCUACGACUGAAUUAAAUCACGACAACUGGGAUCAAGAAGAUGACGAACCGGAAGAAAGCGAAGGUUUUAAAAUUGCAUCAAAAGAAGUUCUUGAAAAACGUGUUAUUAGGACCGCUAAACGACGAUCCAACGUAUCUUCUAGCGAGGGUCAGAAAAGUGUAUUCAGUGGCUUUGGAGGCUUCAAUAAAACACAAAAGACUUCCUUUGACUUUUUGGCAAAUUUAACUAAUGGUAAAUCAACUAAUACUGGUGUCAGUAAUCAAGAAGGAUCAUCUCUUUUUUCAUCAAAGACAUUUUCAAAUCAAAGUACAGCACUAUUUACACCAUCAGAUAUAUCUAAAAACAUAACUAAUACAGAUGUCAAUAAUCAAGUGGGAUCAUCAUCUCUUUUUACAUCUAAGACAUUUACCAAUCAAAGUAAAGGGUUAUUUACACCAUCAGACGUCUCUAAACCAGGACCAACAAAAUUGGAAAAUCCAAGUCUGCAAACAACUUCUAGUUUAACCAAAUCUACAGUUGCAGAAAAUCAAACAGAUUUUAAAAACAGUGAAAGUCCAUUCAAAAGUCAUACUACGUCAACACCAAUCAACAAUUUGAACUAUUUAACUAAACCAAAUUCUGGAAAUGUUGGUAACCCUGUAUCACAAACAACAAAUAAUAUAUUUAGCGACCAAGCUGAAAACAUUUUUCCUAAAAAAUCUUCUAAGAUGUCACCAUCUUCCAAUACAUUAUCUGCUUCCCUAAGUAAUAAGUGUCAAUCUAUUGAAGAAACUAAUAAAACUGAAAAGAAAGAUACCGUAGAUGAGUCCCAAUUUAUCACUAUAAAGUGUGAUAAAAAUGUUGAUGAAGAGACAAUAAAGUAUUAUACAAACUUGGCAAGCUUAAAUAUAUCUUUCUAUAAAUGGAUUAAAAAAAAUGUUGAUGAUUCACCAACCUGUACUCUUUCUCCAAUUUUCAAAGACUAUGAUAAAUAUCUUAAAGAUAUUCAAGAUGAAUAUUUUAACACAGAUGGAGCUCAAGGUGAUUUCGCACAGAAUUUGAAAAGUAAUCCUAAAGUACCAUCUGCUGCACAAGCAAAUAAUGUGGUUUCCCAUACAGCUGUUACUUCUAAUAAGUCUACAAUUUCUACACCAGAUGAGAAGAAAUCCUCAAGUAUGGUAUUUGGAACACCUUCAACCAAUAAUACCCAGACAAAAAACAUGGGUUCACUCUUUGGAAAUGUGGCAAAAGCACAGAGCUUCAUAACAUCUCCGAGUACUGGUGCACAAGCAAGUAAUAAUAUACUUUCUCAUACCUCUGUUACUACUAAUGAGUCUACAAUUUCAACACCAGAGGAGAAGAAAUCCUCAAAUAUGGUAUUUGGAAUUCCUGCAUCUAAUAAUACACAAGCAAAAGACAUGGGUUCUCUUUUUGGUAAUGUGCCAAAAGUGCAGAGCUUCACAACAUCUUCAAGUUCUGCUGCAAAAGCAAGUAAUAUACUUUCUCAUACCUCUGUUACUACUAAUGAGUCUACGAUUUCAACACCAGAGAAGAAAUCCUCAAAUAUGGUAUUUGGAAUUCCUGCAUUUAAUAAUACACAAGCAAAAGACAUGGGUCCUCUUUUUGGUAAUGUGACAAAAGUGCAGAGCUUCACAACAUCUCCAAGUUCUGCUGCCAAAGCAAGUAAUAUACUUUCUCAUACUUCUGUUACUUCUCAAGUGUCUACAAUUUCAACACCAGAUGAGAAGAAAUCCUCAAGUAUGGUAUUUGGAACACCUACAACCAAUAAUACCCAGGCAAAAAACAUGGGUACACUUUUUGGUAAUGUGGAAAAAGCACAGAGCUUCACAACAUCUUGGAGUACUGGUGCACAAGCAAGUAAUAUACUUUCUCAUACCUCUGUUACUACUAAUGAAUCUACAAUUUCAACACCAGAAGAGAAGAAAUCCUCAAAUAUGGUAUUUGGAAUUCCUGCAUCUAAUAAUACACAAGCAAAAGAUAUGGGUACACUUUUUGGUAAUGUGCCAAAAAUGCAGAGUCCCACAACAUCUUCAAGUACUGCUCAAAAUCCAAAACUUGGCUUUUCAUUUGGAAGUUCUUCAGUAGCUGGUUCAACACCAACUACAAGCAGUGGCGGAUUUACCUUUGGCAUUAAUAAUUCACCUCAAUCAACCUCAUUAUUUGCAACAAAACCAAUUGUUUCUAAUAAUAAUAGCAAUUCACAAUUCUCAUUUGGCACUGGUAAACCUUUUAGUUUUAAUUCAAAUAUACAAAGAAAUGAGAGUAAUGAGGUUACUAACACUAAGGAAGAUGAAGAUGAACCUCCUAAAGUUGAAUACACACCAAUGGUGGAAGAAAAUAGUGUUUUUGACAGAAAGUGUAAGAUAUUUGUUAAAAAAAAUGGUAACUUUGUUGACAAAGGUGUAGGUACAUUGUAUAUAAAAAAAAUUGAAGAUACCAGUAAGCACCAACUAUUAGUGAGAGCAAAUACAUCUUUAGGAAACAUUUUGCUCAAUUUAGUUCUUGCUUCAUCUGUACCUACUCAACGUAUGGGCAAGAAUAAUGUAAUGCUAGUUUGUAUUCCCACACCUGAUGCGAAACCACCUCCAACACCUGUUCUUAUUAGGGUAAAGACAUCAGAGGAAGCAGAUGAGUUAUUAGAAAAAUUAAAUAACUAUAAACAGUAGAAUUAAUUGAUCAGAUUAGUAUAUAACUUGAAUACCCAGUGCAAACAUUCCAGAUUAUCUUGGAGGGACCUUGGCUAUCCAGAACAUAAAAUCCAAAAUGGAAAUUAAAAAAUAGUGGAUAGUGUCCGGUUACAAUAAUAAAUUAUAAGUAGUUUAUUGCAUGUUCAAGAAUAAUUUAAUAACUAGAUGUCAAUUUAUAACCCAAUUACAUAAUUUAAUUUAAUUAUACAUUACACACAUAGUAAUGUAUAUUAGCCAGUAACAAAAAGGGCUAAAUUGGAAUGGGUCUGUGUCCAUAAUUCUGUAAAUCUGGCUGCCCGGGUUUUCUAUUUUCACCUUAAUUAUGAAUUUAAAAUUAAGAGAAAGUAUGAUAUAUGCCAGUAUGGACUGAAUUCCUGUUGUGAAACAAUAUUAUUGUUUUGUUACUGAACAAGUGAUUUAUGAUAUGAUUAUGUAAUACAUAUAAUUUGAUUUUUUUUGUAAAUAAAAUACAAUAUUCCAAA